UAUAAAAGAAAGUGAAAGCUGUGUCACACAUUAGAGAGCAGAGAAGAGAAAGUGCAGCAUUACCUUUGUCUCAGCUUUUCUUCAAAAAUGUAACUGUCGAUCACAGGAGGCAGAACCCGCUUCAGUGAGACCUCCCUUCCUCCCUUCACUGCGGGAUCCUCCACUUCCCCCGCAGCAGAGCAGACGCCUUCGCAGGAGGACUGAGAGCUUCCCAGGCACCUCUGGCCGUGCAGGAGCAGGCAUGACGACAGGAAGGAUCUGCUGCCUGGUGCUGCUGACCCUCGGGGUGCUGGCGGCCGUGGUUGUGCUCCUGGUCACCCUGACUCAACCUAAGUGUGGUCCUCAGCAGUACCUGCAUGGAGCUGUGGCUGCUGACACCGAGACCUGCUCUAACAUUGGCCGGGACAUCCUGAAAAGAGGGGGCUCAGCUGUGGAUGCUGCCAUCGCUGGUUUGAUCUGCACAUCAGUGAUGAACCCUCAGAGUUCAGGCCUGGGUGGUGGAGUCGUAUUUACAAUCUAUAAUGCAAGCACAGGAACAGUCGAGGUGAUCAAUGCCCGUGAAACAGCUCCCCAAGGCAUUCCUAGCGAUCUGUUGUCUGGCUGUGCUCGUUUACCCAUCGGGCCCCGAUGGAUUGCUGUACCAGGAGAAAUUCGUGGGUAUGAAGUAGCCCAUAAGCGAUACGGCCGCUUGCCAUGGAAAUCCCUGUUUGAACCAACCAUCAAGCUCCUUUCAGACCCACUUGUUGUUUCCCCAGUUAUGGACAAAAUAAUCAAUCACCGAAACUUCUCCCAAGUGGGACGAAACCUGUGCCCAUUGAUUUGUGAGGGUCAGAAGUUUUUGACAACUGGAAAGACCUUCAGGUGGCCAGCACUGCAGCAGACACUGAAAAUUUUGGCCGAAAAUGGAGCUACAGCAUUUUAUGAGGGACAGAUAGGAAAGGCCCUGGUGGAAGACAUUAGGAAAGUAGGGUCUGUUAUCUCAAUGGAGGACCUUAAGGCAUACAAAGCAGAAGUAUCCUCAGCUCUGAACAUUACCCUGAACAAAAACAUCACUGUGUUUUCUCCUCCUCCACCCUUGGGAGGUGCUGUGCUCCUGUUCAUCCUCAAGAUAUUGGAAGAGUAUAAAUUCCAUGAGGCAUCAUUGUCGACACCAAAGGAAAAGGGAGAAACCUACCAUCUUAUUGCAGAGGCCUUGAAGUUUGGCAAUAUGCUAAAACCUGAGAUGAAAGACCCAGCCUUCUCUGAAGCUAAGGCAACUGUGGCAAUCAUGCUGUCCAACGAGACUGCUGAGCGUGUCAGAAGCCAAAUAGAUGCCCGUGGGGACCAUCCACUUGAGCAUUAUAACUUCUGGAAGCUCGUCCACAGCCACUAUGAAAGUAGAGGCACAAGCCACAUCUCUGUGCUCGCUGCAGAUGGCAGUGCUGUGUCUGCCACCAGCACCAUCAACUAUCCGUUUGGCUCCUUCAUUUAUUCCAACCAGACUGGGAUCAUUUUGAAUAAUGAACUUGCAGAUUUCUGCACAGCAAAUGCAAAUAUUAAUGCAGGAGAGAGGCCUCCCUCAGCAAUGGUGCCUUCUAUCCUCAUCUCCAAGUCAGGAGACAUGCUGGUGAUUGGAGGGGCAGGUGGGGGCUGGAUUAUCAGUGCUACUGCUAUGGCCAUUGUAAACAAGCUGUGGUUUGGUUAUGAUUUGGAACGUGCCAUUUCAUCUCCCAUCAUGCAUACCAACAAAGACAGCAUCCUGUUUGAGAAACACUUCAGUGAGGAUGUUAGAAACAGCCUGCUGAAAAGAGGACACAAAGAACAGAAAGUUGAAUUCGCAGUGAAUGUCGUGCAGGGAGUUUCCAAGGAAGGAAAAUGCAUCUCUGCUUACUCUGAUAAAAGGAAGCUGGGGAAAUCAGCUGGAUAUUAGCAUGAAAUGCCAUCUCAACGCCUCUAUUCUAGUCCAAGCCACAGGAGAUAACUAAAUUCAGAUUCAUGCAUCUUCCACUGCUGCUCGAGAGCCUCGGUUAAGAACAGAAUUGGUUUCUUUCAGGCUGCUGCCAUGAUAAGCUUCUUCUAAUUGCUGGGGCUCAGCAAUGUGAAUUAACUGAGUAACUAUAGGAAAUGUCGGUAGGGUGAGGAUUACAACGUAUACAAUUACAAUGGGGCUUCCAGGAUGGGUUUAGAAAGAGAAGAAAGCAAAACUUGGUGUUCUACCUCUUGGUUUUCCCAUCCAGAUGAGCCUUACUUUUCCCAAAGAAUGGCAGAUGGAAUCAGUGCACCAUAGCACCAGCUUACUGCCAAGCAUGUUCUCUACUUUAGAGACAUAAUGGAAACCAGGAGCUGAAGCCUUAUUCUACUCUGCCUACUGGUCACCUAAAGUCUAAACUCCUAUGGGGCAAUGUGAAGUUGCUGCUUCGCUCCUUGAUGACACCUCUCCCUGUAGUAGGAGAGUCCUCAUUUAUGCCUGUUCUUCCUCCUCAUUGCCUGCAGAAGAGAAGUAGUUUGGGAAGACAGAUAAAGACAGCAGUUGAAGAAAAACUGUAUUGCUUUUGAAGCUUUAUAAAACUUCCUUCAAAAUGCAAAGGAUAUAUAAUCAGAAGACUUAUUUUGUAGGCAUGAGCUUCUUCUGGACAGGCAAACCCCAAGACUGCUGAAAAGUGCUGAUACAGUUGCAAAACACUUUUCUUUCUUAGCCUGAGUACAUGCUCUAAUUCUCUGUUUAUCACAAAUAGUCUCAAAUGUUCCCUGAAGAUGACAAGAAUGAAACUGCAUGACUAGUUGGGAGCUUCUGGAGGAGAGACCUGAACCCAUUUAUCUGGACACAAGAGGUCCUUUGCCAUUACCCUGUAACGUUGCCCUCCUUAGGAUGGCCAAAGGAAUCUAAUGUUAAACAAGUAUAAACAUCUCACAACGCAUUUCUCAAAUAACCAACAACUUCUGUUUUCUGAAAGCUUGUGAAUGUUACUUUCCUAUGGAUGCAGACAGUAUUAUAUGAGUGUUUCUGACAGCAAAGUUAAACUAGGUAGGCACUAGCAGAGCCCUCCUUACCCCCCAUGAUUGUCACCUCCCAUGCAACCCUUGGUAUUUCAACUGCACAAACAAAAAACCUUGCUCUGUGGCCACCAAUAGCAAGUAUUUGAGCACAGGCAAUUAAAGCAAACUCAGACCAGACCAUCUGCCUGCACUGUUGUAAAGAAAGAGAGGUGAGUAAUGAGUCUACAUUCUUAACAACAAAACUUUGUCAGUAAGUCAUUGACUUGUUGAAAUCUUGGCCUUCAGAUGAAUUUCAAUGAUUUUCUAAGUAAAGCUCUCUAGAUCCAGACAGAGCAGCCAGACUACUCAAGAUCCUGGCUUUAACAAGAUCUGCAGUUAUUUCUAGCUUGACCAACUGCUUGGGGCUUACAGAAAAGCAACCAAAAUGACACUGGCUGAAGGCAGGGGGAGCAGCUCUUGCUUUGCUAUUAAACCAUGCCCCAUCACGUCUCACUUCCAGAAAAACCAAGCCAUAAAACAACUGAUUCUCCUAAUUCCUUUCAUUUCUGAUGUACCAAAGGGUAAAGCACACCUCAGUUAUCCAGCCAAUGCAGCGUAUCACCUUUCCAAUAUACUGCCAUCACUGCAACGUCUCACAAGGAAGCUACGGGAAUAUGAUCUUCUGACCAGCACUUGCUGCAAUUUAACUGCUUUGCUAUUAACACUGAAACCAAUUGAGCAGUUUCAGAACCUGUCACAGAUUUCAUUUGCAAGGCAGAAAGGAAUGCAUGCAGAUUGCCCACUGUGGCAGCCCUCACUGACAAACAAAACAUCUCGUGAAGCUGAGAUGUGUACCUCUUCCUCACCCUGCCACCUCCUCAGUGCUCCAGAAACUCAGAGUCUCCCAGGUUCAUCCCUCCCCAUUCAUGCUGAUGCCAACAGAAGAGCAUUAUUUUUAUAACUAGUCAAGUCACACGGACUUUUAAAGCACUGCUGUACAUAGGCUGCUCUGUUUUCUAACAAGGUCUUUAAAUUAUAUUUUUAAUAAAGUGUUUUAAACCUUAAA